CCCUAAUUCCUAGAGCUAUGGCGGAGCGACGAUGGUCUGCGAGGGAUUGCCACGAGUUCUUUGAGCAGCGGCCGUGGGAUUCCGUGCUCAAGUUCUAUCAGCUCGUUGUGAAUGGCCAGAUCGGGCUUCGCGAUCUGAGGAUCGAGCACAAUGAGAAAUUUGAAGAUCGCUGCUUGGAAACCAAGCAGCAAGAAGAGGAUAAGUCGCUUCCCAUAGUCGAUCGUUCCAAAGAGAGAGGAGGAAGGUGGGAAAGGAGGACAUUUAAGAUUGUUCUUUCUUACAGCGGCACAGCUUUCGCAGGAUGGCAAAAGCAACCGGGUUUCCUGACUGUCCAAAGUGUUCUUGAGAAGCAACUUGGGAGGUUUGUCGAUGGAAAGAGAGCAAGUAAUCUGGAGAAACAGGGAAAGAUCAAAGAAGCUCUAGUUUCAGUCGCGGGGAGGACUGACAAAGGUGUUCACGCUUGUGGACAAGUUUGCUCCUUCUAUACAUGGAUGAGAGAAUGCAAAGAGGAAGACGUGAAAUCUGCUGUCAACUCCGCCAUGCCAACAAUCCUGCGAGCAGUGUCAGCGUCCGAGGUAGACCGCGACUUCCAUCCCAUUUUUUCUGCAAAGUGGAGACGCUACAUUUACAUUUUUCCGCUUCGCAGCAGGGACGAGAUUGAUGUUUCUAAAGUGGCAACGCUGUUGCGAGCUCUCGAAGGCCACAGCUUGUCAUACGCAAUCUUCGCUCGCGACACAAAGAUCGCCAGAAGCAGCGGGCCUGCUACGGUGUGCACACUCUACCACGCUCGAGCUGCUCUCGCCAAGCUGCCAUUUCCCAACGAGGAAAAUGUCAUGGUUGUGGAGCUCGUCGCGGACAGGUUUCUAAGAAAGAUGGUGCGAGUUUUAGUGUCCACGGCGAUCAAGGAAGCCUUUGCCGGGGCAAACGACGACGCCUUGGUAGCUCUCAUGGAAGAAACGGACAGGCGAGCGUCGGCUCCUCCAGCGCCUGCCCAUGGCCUCUGUCUAGCAGAGGUUGGAUAUGGCAAUUCACAAGCGCGCGAUUGCCUGCUACGACAUUGUCAGCACAUCGUCAAGAACACAAAAGUGUGAUUUUUAUAAAGCUCGCCAUUCCGUUUAGGGCAACUGAAAGGGAAGGAGAAGAAGCAUAAAAAUUGGGAUUUUCUCUCUGGAUCAGGGCAGAAUGGAGCGGCUACCGCGAGAUCUCUUGCUCCGGAUCUUGACGAUCUGGGGAGGCUCCGAUGCGUUUGUAGAUCCUGCCAUAGCGCCAUUGCUUCACAGGAAUUUGCCCAGCAAUGGAAGGGAAGAGACCAGGUCUGUUGUGUCUUGCGCACCAGCCAAAAGGACGGCUUCCACACAGAAGUGUGGUACCCGGGCAGUGGCGCGAGAAGAUCUACCGGAUUGAAUCUAGGGCCUCGUGGGUGUCUCUCGAUGGGAGUUUCUUCUUCACACGGCCUGGUUUGUGGAUUGCUAGCAGAAGAGGCGCGUGCGCCUGACACAGCAUGGAACUUUGUGGUGGGGAAUCCAUUGACAAACAAAUGGACGAGGCUGCCUCCAAUCGAUAUCCCUUCUCGUCCGCUCGACCCCAUCGAAAGGAUAGAUCUCGAGGUUGAUCCGUCCAAAGGUUCCUACAAGCUGGCGAUCACCUACAGUGAAGUUGGCAGUGACUACGAAGUGAUCUACCAGGCGCGCCAGUAUGAUUCAGAGUCGCGGGUUUGGAAGUCGGCAGUGCCCUUUAUUGGCGAGCUCGACGGCGCAAAUACCAAGAUCGAUGGCUCCGUGCUUGGACGCGCCGGACUCCAUUACCCGCCAUACUUUCUCAUGGCCUACAAUCCCGAUUCCAUGGCCUGGUCUUGUCACAAGCACUUCGUUGGUGAGCCAACUCUCAACAAUGGUUACAUCUACAAGGAGUAUGCCGACGACACUGCCCAUUGUGGAGUUUGGAGGUGGAAAGACAGGAUUUUCUUCGUCACGCAUUCUUGUGGGUGUGUGGUUAUCUGGGAGCUGGACUGUCGAGAAGGAAAAGCGAAGCUUUUGUCAAGCAAGCGGUAUGAGGACCUGUAUGGCAAGAAUUGGAAGCCGAGAAAGACGUUGCUAUACCCCUCGACGCUGCUUGUUGGGAGCACAAUCAUGGUUUUCACAGAGUUGUGUGAGUCCUCGUACGGUUAUGCUCCGGUUGCAUACAACCUCGAGGAUUCAACAUGGCACUCGUCGGCUCACUACGAUCACACGUCCUUGACAACUGUGGACAUUGAAGCCAGUUGCGCAUUCAUUCCCAGCUUCAUCAUCGAGCCAUAGAGGAUGGCAAGACGGUCUUGCGAAAGGUGAGUAUUUAUAUAAUUGUGGUCUUGGAUUUGAUCAAAGGCAGAUGGCAAAAGCAACCUUUUGUUUACUGGCUGCCCAAAUCUUUUCCUUCUUCACUGUUUGCAUAUCUGGAGAAUUUGGGAUAACAGGGAAGAAGGUACAUGGACGCGAGGGCCGAGUGCGCGACUUCCAAACUGUCACGCUCAAGCUAUGCACUUGCAAAGCUGGUGUACAAGAAUACGAAAGUAAUCACUGAUUGUUUGCAGUAUAAUUGUGCAACUUAAAUUAAUAAGCUUUACGAAUUUAUCCA